UAAGUCUUAUAUGUCAUUUUUUUAUUUUUUACUCUCCCCUCUCCCCUCUCUCUCUUCUUCCUCACUUUCAUGUUUCUCUAGAGCGCUGCCGGCAAGGGUGGGGGCGAGCGACCGCAGGCGCAGGCAAGCGGCGGCCGACGCGGGCGGCGGUGGCGAGCGCGUGCACCAUGCCGCGGUGGCAAGCGGCAUCAGGCGUGGCCGAGCGCGUGCAGCGUGCACCGGGUGUUCGUCGGGAGCGCGGCCCCUCUUCGCUUGCCUCCACGCCUCCUCCUCCGCCGCUGACCGCCUCGCCGUCGCCUGCGUCAAGCACGAGUGCGCGUCCACCAAGCCAACCAAGAUGGACGGCGCCAUCCAGACCGUCUACCCGCGCAAGAACUGGUCCUCCAUGGUGCUCUACAACUGCGGCCAUCCCAAGAGCACCCAGACCGACGCGUUCCUCCACCGCUUCGCCUGGCACGAUGACGACGAGAUCGGCGAGAUCCCCUUCGCCUGGCACUUCCUCGUCGGCCACAACAAGGUCAACCCGUCCACCCAGCCCAAGGCCAUCCACUACACCUCCGGUGGGCCAUGGUUCGAGAGGUACAAGAACUGUGACUUCACCGAGCUUUGGAUCAAGGAGGCUGAGGAGCUCAAGGCCGACAAGGAGAAGGAGAAGCAGCAGCAGCUCAUCAAGGCCAACGGCGGCGGCGAGGAGGAGAAGAAGAAAGAGGGGAAUUUGCCGCUUGCCACCGCUGCACACUGCGCGCGCUCGCCACCGUCGCUCACGUCGGCCGCCGCUGGCCCGCGCUUGCUGCCGCUCGUCCCCACCCUCGCCGGCAGCGCUCUGGAGAGAGGAAGAAGAGAGCGGGGGAGAGGAAGGGAGAAGAGAGAGUAAAAAAAUAAAAAAAAUGUUAUGUGGGACCCAUUCGAUGGCACGAUAGCGAAACCGGUCAAAGUAUAGGUCAAUACUACCGAGGAACCUUUUGUGAACGGAUUAUAUGAAAUUAGAGGUACACAUUUUCGGUAUUGCGGCUAAGGGAUGAAAAACAAACUCGGUUUUAAGGUUAGAGACCUCUGGUGGACUUUUUCAUUUAAGUAAAGAAAAGCAAUCGUACAAACUGGUACGUAGGCCGCGUUCAGCUUGAGGGUGCAA